ACCGAGUGUUAAACAUCAACGAGCAUAAAUUGGAAGCGUUGUAAGAGAAAAGAGAAAGAAGAAGUAGAAAAUAACCAGUACUGUAAAUGGCGCUUUGAACUUCUUUCUCUGCUCAGUCUCAAUGUUUUCUCUUCUUUUUCUUUCGAGACCAGUGUUCAAAUGAAAUCGAAAGUCUUUGUCUGUACAUUAUUAUUUUGGUUCCAAUAACUUGCCAGUGUUAAUUUAAUUAAGAGAAGCCACACACAAAAAAUAUACUAAGUGUCUUUAUUGAUCACAACGAGUUGCUUGUUGCUCAUAAAAUUCACAUUUUGAAUAAGUUUGUGAUUGAAGCUAGUCAUCAACAGCAGUCAUGACAGCGGUUAUGGAAGGAGUGACGGGUGUGGCAAAAACAGGAGGACAUAGAUAUGAAGAUGGUACACGCUAUAUUGGCGAUUGGAAUCAGAAGGGACAAAAACAUGGAAUGGGUCAUUUAUUGCUAGCAGAUGGUACUCGAUACGAUGGUUCAUUUCAAAAUGGACUGUGCAGUGGAUUAGGAAUAAUGAAUUUUCCUGAUGGAUCAAAGUAUGAAGGAGAAUUUAUGCAAGGCUGGUUUCACGGAAAUGGAAUUUUCUGGCGCUCUGACGGAAUGAAAUAUGAAGGUGAAUUUCGUGGUGGACGCAUUUGGGGCUUAGGAUUGGUAACAUUUUCAGAUCACACGAAUGGAUUUCCACGUCACGAAGGAUUUUUUCAAGAUUGCAAAAUAAUACGCAAAAAAGAUUGUCCUGACAUUAUACAGCGGGCGCAAAAAAUUGCUCUAAUGGCUCGCAUCCAAUGUGAACAACCAAAUUAACUUAUUUAUGUAAUUUACACUUUUUUGCUCUUAUUAACGUCGUCAUCUUGACAACAUUAUGUCACUUAAACUCCUUGUAAAUGUGUAUAUUCUGUGGAUGUAUUAAGUUACAUUAAGGUAUUUUUGGUCGCGACAAAAUGGAAUUUAUUUUUGGGUUAGGAGUUGUUCAUAAAUGAUGUGCUUUGAAAAAUCAGAAUCAGCUUUUUGUGAACUUACAAUUACUCUUGGCUAUAUCCAAGGUAGAUCUUUUACCCUAAGGCAGGGGUAGGUUUGUACCAUA